AUGUCUGCCUCGACCCAAUAUGUUUCAGCCGACGGAUCUCCAUCGCCCUUUUCCAGCGCUGUGCCCGUCUCGCGUGUAGAUACGCCUGAAGCCGGACCGACCGCUGCCGUCACGCCGCCUCUUGAAGGGAAUAUUGCAUCUAUACCACCAAGGAAGUUAAUGUCCAAUAAUGCUGUCGACUACAUAACUGCGGGCCCGCUUCAAGAUAUGUCUACAAUCCUGGAAGACCGGCUACCAACGGACCUAUCAGCCGAUCCCGAAAACCCUAAACCCAGCAACGAUAAUGGAAGUGAGUCCUUGAGCGCUAUUCCUCAGGGCCGCCGAAGUGUUCAGUUCGCUCGGAAGGAUGGCCAAGAUUCAGCCACCCACUCUCGCCAGCCUUCAUGGGACGAUCCAGAGGGUGCCUAUAGGUCGAAGCCUGCUUCGUUCAUCUCGAAGUUGAAAGCCCUGGCCGGAACCGGCGCCUUGCAGACUCCCAAAUCUCCCUCCAUGGGGCCGCCAAUGACUAGCCAGUCGCUCCCCACUUCGCCGAUCGCUAGCCGACACGCGACACGAACCGCGAGCAUUCCUAAUGACGGGGAAGAAGACAGCGAGGCCGAUGCCGACGCUGAAGAAACUGCAGACGAGGCCGCAGCUGAGGAGGCCCGUAAGGCUAUGAAGCAAAAGAAGAAACGCGCGAAAAGAUGCGCCGCCCUAGGCUUCCCGACUUCGCAUCCUCUCCUGGCGUCCCCCUUCAUAAGAAUUCGGCGGAUGCCGCCGGCGCGCGCGAGCUUGUCGGGUCCCUCGGAUCCUCAGCUUAACCGAGAUCUCUCCGAUGGAGAGGGUCGGGAUGAUGCUGCGAGAGAGCUUUGGCGGCGUGGUACCUCAUGGAUUGCGGGUCCCAAUCGAACCAAUACGGGAAACACGGUAGAUGAGGUCGAUGAUGCCGAUAACCCGUAUGGGAGGCGCAUUGGUCACUUCCGACGCAUUACGUAUUUCGGUGGUGGUGUUGGGCCUGGUGGGGUAUCAGAUGGCGAUAAUACUACCCCGAGACGGGCUUUCUUCAGCGCUGACCGGGCCCCGAGUUUUGCCGUUCCGAGGUGGCCUACCAUGGUGAAGAAUACCAUCAAGCUUUGGCGUGCGAAGAAGGAUGACAGAUUCGACUAUACCAAAUCUGCCGAGUUGAUGGCCGAACUCCGAGCGGGCGCCCCGGCUGCCCUCAUCCUUGCGAGCAUGAUCCAACGAGAUGAGCACGGUAAUAAACGCAUACCUGUACUUCUUGAGCAGCUGAAAAUCCGUGUUUCGGACAGCACGGCUGCCCCCGAAGCGGACAAGACGGACAAGGAUAAUGACCGUCAUUGGGUAUUCACACUCGAUCUCGAGUACGGAAGUGGUCCGAGCCGGAUGAAAUGGCAGGUGAUACGUACUUUGAGAGACAUAUACGAACUGCACCUUCGUUAUAAAUUCGCGUUCGCUAAAGAUAUCCAACGAAGCCUUCCCGGAGGCGCCGGUAGCGCGGAUUACGGUUCGAGACGAAAGCAGCCCAAGUUCCCCCUCUCGACGUUCCCCUACCUCCGAGGUGUCCGCGGACUAGCCGAUGAGAGUGACGAAGAGGGCCAGGCCGAAGAAACGGCAGACGAAGGUACUGCCGGCGAGGGCACUGCGAGCGAGAUGGAUGUCCGCGGCAAGCGGCGCAGACCGAGUCGAAUGAUGGCCCCGGGUCACCGCAGACUGAGGUCUACCAUGACGGACGUGGGCGAUAUGUCUGCCGCCGAAGGUUCGGUUACCGGCCACACCGCGGCACAGGCCGCAGCGGUAAUCAAGCAACGCCAUAUCGAAAGACAACGCCGCCUACUCGAAAAGUACCUUCAGGACAUGAUUCGCUGGCUCAUGUUUAGAGCCGACAGCAACCGCCUCUGCCGGUUCCUCGAACUCUCUGCGCUGGGUGUACGCCUAGCUGCCGAAGGCAGCUUUCACGGAAAAGAGUGCUACUUGCACAUUCAGUCCUCCAAGGGCAUCGAUUUCCGCCGAGUCUUGACUCCCAAGAAAGUUAUUGCGCGCCAUAGUCGCAAGUGGUUCCUUAUCCGUGAGAGCUAUAUUGUUUGUGUUGAGUCGCCCGAGAACAUGAUCAUAUACGAUGUCUAUCUCGUCGAUCCCAAGUUCACUAUCCUCUCCAAGAAUAAAGUCAUCAAGCAGACCGACGACAAGGCAAAGGAUGCCGCCAAGCCGGCUGCGGACAAGCAGCAGGAGAAGCAUCAUACGCUGACUAUCCAAACGUCGGAGAGAAAGGUCAAGCUUUUCUCCCGGAAAGAGGUCGUCAUGAUGCAGUUUGAGGAGUCGAGCUUUGCUCCUGUUCGCACCGGCGUUUUCGCCGAGUGGCUUGUGGACGGCCGUGACUACAUGUGGAACGUUUCCCGGGCCAUCAGCAUGGCCCGCAACGUAAUCUAUAUUCACGACUGGUGGCUGAGCCCCGAGCUUUACCUGCGGCGCCCUGCGGCAAUUAGCCAGAAAUGGAGACUGGAUAGACUCCUUCAGCGCAAGGCCCGUGAAGGUGUCAAGAUCUUUGUUAUCGUGUACCGCAAUGUUGAAUCGGCUAUCCCCAUCGACUCCGAGUACACCAAGAUCUCGCUGCAUAAUUUGCACCCAAACAUCUUUAAGCUGUGUAUUGUGGACCACGACGUCGCGUUCCUCGGAGGCAUCGACCUCUGCUUCGGCCGCUGGGAUUGCCCUCAACACCCCCUCACAGACGAGAUGCCAACCGGGUUUGAGGAAAGCGGACGCCCAACCGACCCAGGCAACUGCCAAGUGUUCCUUGGCAAGGACUACUCCAACCCUCGUGUCCACGAUUUCUUCCGCCUCCAUCAGCCUUACGAGGACAUGUAUAAUCGAAAGCUUGUCCCCCGCAUGCCUUGGCAUGACGUUGGAAUGCAACUGGCGGGCCAGCCCGCGCACGAAUUCAAAGAUAUGGGCCUUUCCGGUACCUGCGAGGUGCAAAUCUUACGAUCGGCCGCCCACUGGUCCCUCGGUAUCGAUGAGCCAGAAAUCAGCAUCCAGAACGCCUAUGUCAAGAUGAUUGAGGACUCGGAACACUUUGUCUACAUUGAGAACCAAUUUUUCGUGACCAGCACACAGGCAUACAAUACCAAGGUUGUGAAUCGCAUUGGUGAUGCUCUUGUAGAUCGAAUCAUCCGCGCUUAUCAGAACAAGGAUGAUUGGAAAUGCUUUAUCCUCAUCCCGCUCAUGCCCGGAUUCGAGAGUACUGUGGAUGAGCAGCCCGGAAUGAGCGUUCGCCUGAUCGUCCAGUUCCAGUACAGGAGUAUUUGCCGUGGUGAGGGGUCCAUCUUUGGACGCCUCCGCGCCGUCGGAAUCGAUCCCGAAGAGUAUAUCCAAGAUUCUGAAGUGGCUGCCAUCAUCCGAGACACUGAUAUGAUUUGGUCUACCAUGGCCGGAAAGCCGUACCAGGUCUCCCGCUUCGCCCAUACUUUACGAAUGCGCCUGAUGCGAGAGCAUUUGGGCCUUGAUGUUGAUGAAAUAGAGGCCGAGGAACGACAGCUUCUUCUAGAUCGUGAAGCAGAGCUGUCUCAGCAAGCUCAGUUCGAAAACGAGAUGGACCAGAUCUACGACGAGGAGCAAAGCUCCCAAUCCUUCAACCGUGAUGCCGAGGCGCCGGAUGAUGGUAAUGACUCUGCUAGCAUUCGUAGCAAGGGCAAGCAAGUCGAGUAUGACCCGCGAAUCACCGACAAUGCCAACCACGAGCGUGAGGUUGCUGGAUUCGGAGAAGACAAGUGGAAGACGGCCGCCAAGUUGGGUAUCGAUGAGGGCCGAGAUUCCGUCAUCGUGGAUGGCCGCGAAGUCUUGGUUCACAGCAUCUUUUCGGAAGGCAAAGGCACCCUCGACAGCCCUAAGAAGGCUCUCCACCAUCACCACCACUCCCGUCCCCGGUCGACUAGCCGGCAUAGCGAUAUAGGGCCUCUAGACACUAGCGACCGCCUACCCCCGAUUCCGCCAAUGAACCGCCGCACCACCGAACAACUUGGCCUGCCCCGAGCAAGUCAGCUCCCUAGUCUACCUGCCGUGGAUGACACGGAUAUUGGUGGCCCCCGGCGUUCCCAGAGCACGAAGGUAGGUUUUCCGGUGCAUGCCGGAUUCGAAGUGAAGACUUGGCCAGAAUAUCGUGAAUACUCCCAGUAUGCCAAGAAUUUCCAUGAGUACCAGACGGCAGACCUCAACAAAUCUGCCAAGCCUCAGAGCAAGGGCUCUACUGGGCCUCCCGCACCUGAGCAUCUUUCCGAGAAGGUGAUGCCGCCUAGCCGGGAUGCUAACCCGGCUAUCGUCGUGCCCGACGAGGAGGGAGGCGAACUAGACGAGAAGAAGGCGGCAGCGGGCAUCGACGGGGAGCUAGGGGCGAACGGGAGGCCCAGCUUGGGGUUCCUUGACCCCGGGACGACCAAGACGAGCCGCCGAGGCCCAUCCGAGGAUGUGCUCACCAAGGAUGAAGCAGAGGAUCUCCUCAACCUCACGAGGGGCAACAUUGUCUACUUCCCCUACGACUGGCUCGUGACGGAGGAGAGCAACAACAACUGGGGCUUCCACCUCGACGGAAUGGCGCCAAUCAGCAUCUAG